UGAACCAUUCUGAGAAACCAUAGAAGCAUCAGUGGAGUUUGGGGGUCCAUAGUCUUGUCCAUUCUCAGAAGUAAAAAACUGUAAUCUUAGGAAACCAACAGCUGUAUAGUACAUUCCUGAUACAGAGACUGAGAUGUUUGAAGCUUGCCGUGGGAACAGAGGCUUUCACUCCAAGAAAUGCCACAUGUUCUUGGGCAUUACUAGCAUGUUUUCAAAAGGGACUUUGCUUUUCUUCACAGGUUACCAGCCAGUCUUAUCUGGUCAGCAGGGCUUCCAAGGCCUGAUGGGAGUGCAGCAGCCGGCUCAUAGUCAGGGCGUGGUGAGCAGCCAACAAGGAGCUCCCGUGCAAGGCGUGAUGGUCUCCUACCCAACCAUGUCUUCUUAUCAGGUGCCAAUGACCCAAGGUUCUCAAGGAGUGCCCCAGCAGACAUACCAACAGCCAGUCAUGCUGCCUAACCAGGCAGGCCAAGGGUCGCUCCCAGCCACCGGAAUGCCUGUGUACUGUAAUGUCACGCCACCAACCCCUCAGAACAACCUUAGGCUGCUUGGUCCACACUGCCCUUCCAGCACUGUCCCUGUGAUGUCUGCCAGCUGCAGGACAAACUGUGCAAGCAUGAGCAACACUGGUUGGCAGGUCAAAUUCUGAAUGCUCUGCCUGUGGUGCAUUUCAUCAGAUAUUACUCAUGGCCUUUAAGGGAAGUGGAGCAAGUUGGGAAAAGUGGCUGGGGACUUAAGUAUUCACUCCACACUCAAAUGAAUGCUGCUGGUAUUCUGUAAAAAAUAAAAAAAGACUAAUACACACAUUAGCUGGUUAAUGGUGCAUAUUUCUGUCAUGUCUGCUAGGUAUGCCUUUAUAGCUUAGCUAGUGACAUGAAUUCAUCAAGGUAAGA